AUGGCUGGGAAUGGGGGAAUGAGCGGAGGAGUUCAUGGUGCCGCUAUUCACAUGAGCCAUGUGCAAGGCACAGAAUAUACGUUGCAAGGUGUAAUGCGAUUCCUACAGACCCAAUGGCACCGACACGAACGAGAUCGAAAUGCAUGGGAGAUCGAGCGUGCUGAAAUGAAGUCGAGAAUUGCCAGAUUAGAAGGUGAUGCACGGACCAGCAAGCGAAUGUACGAAACUUUGAGCAAACAUGUUAAAAUGUUGGAGGCUGCUUUAAAAAGGGAACGAGAAAAAGUCAAGAGCCUAUCUACUGGAGAAGCUGUCGACACGAGCAAGAACUCCAAGGAUCUCGCCAAAGAUGACCCGAAAUCCCUUCCACAACAACAACCAAAAUCCGAUGCUUGCCAAGUUGACCUCGACAAUAGGACUCAGAAUGCGUCCAAUCCUGAUGUUCGCCAGGAUUCAGAACGUGAAAAGUCUCGCGUGUAUCUUGGAAAAUGCUCACAGGAAGUUACUUAUCAUAUAAUUCCCGGGUCACGUCCUCCUCCGGACUUGCUAGAUCUUCAAGAAAUGUCAGACCACGGGUAUCAAAAUCAUCAGAUGCAGAGGCCUUCCUUCGAAGACGUAUAUGUGCAACAUCAAUAUCAACACCAGCAAAGGCAGAAAAUUCAUCAACAACAGCACCAACAGCAACAUAAUCACGUAAACAUGGUUCGCGAGCCCGCGGUACAUCAACCCAUUACCCCUAAUUAUUCCGAAAAUUUCCCUGCUGGCCCACGCGCAUUGAAUCCGAGUCAUCAAAAUCCACUUGAAGCGCAGCCAUUUGAGCAACAGCGUUCACAUCCCAUUCCCAUGGAUCGUCGAAAGGAAUCUUUUGAUCAUCCUCCUGUUGGUCAUGAAGAGGUGGAAUCAAUCACACAUACCUUUGAUGAAUAUGGAAAUCUGGUCUCCAUCUCUGACUUACCUAAACCCAUCACCUCCAUAGAACCCGAAGCUGAUGAUGCGGAUGGAUGGAACUUUGAUGAAACCCCAGUCGAUAUUACCACCACAUCAAGCGGACCACAUCAUCGACCUGAUACGGAUGUUUUCCCGAAUGCUGAUUUUGUAUUCCCAAAGUCUUCUCCCCGAGGAGGCCCUGGCUCUCAUAGAAGAAAAGGUUCAGGGAGGCGUCGCGCUGAUGGGACCACUGAUUCUCGCGAUCUAGGUACCUUGGGUGGGUUAAAGGUUGAUGUGCCGAACUUCAAAGUCCGAUUCGCGUUGCGCGGCCAUCUUGAUGUUGUUCGAUCGGUUAUCUUUACUGGUGGCGGAAGCCCGUCUGAACCAGAAAUAUGCACAUGCGGUGAUGACGGGACAAUUAAGCGUUGGAUUAUCCCAGCAUCCUAUGGGAACAUCGGCCCCAAUAGCAGCGACUCGAAUAAUGACCUCGAUAUCACAAGCUACUUUACUCAUCGUGGACACUUGGGGCCAGUCACCUGCCUUGCAGCAUGCCCCCCUGCCCCCAACUUUUCCAGUGGAGGUCGAGCCCUUGGAGACGGCUGGGUAUUUUCAGGCGGCCAGGAUGGCAGCGUUAAAGUAUGGGAACGCGGCCGUGUUGACCCGAAAGCGUCUCUAGAUACUCAUACGGAUUCAGUAUGGGCGUUGCGCGUGCUUCCAGGUACUGCGGGAUCUAUCUUUGGAGACCGAUGUAGCCAUUACGGUGGCCCUGAUCGAAUAGUCCUUGUUUCGGGUGCUUCCGACGGGAGACUGUUGAUAUGGGCCGUGAGUGCUCCACCACAACUCGCCUCCCCACAAGCUGGAAAUCGAAGGGUCGGUGGUAGCCGAAGAGCAAAUUCUAUAUCUUCCGGCUCAAACUUCCCUUCAUCACCCCAACCAAGCACAGCAAGUGCAACUCCUUUUCACUAUACAUUAAUUCAUCAUAUCAUCCGCCCUGACUCUCCUUCCUCCACAAGUAUCAGCCCUUUGUCACUUGCCGGCGUCAACUUUGUUGUUUCCUAUGCGGAUGCCUCCAUUAUUGUCUACGACACGCGAUCUGGGGAAGAGGUUGUUGGAAUGGCUAGCUUGGAAACGUACGACGGAACCCGUGCGACUGGUGUUAACUCCGUAGUAGCAAGCACUGUUGGGUUUGACGGAACUGCCAAUCUAGAUCCCAACAGGACUUUGACGGAAGAGGAAGCUAUCGUGCAUGGAGCCACUGGCACCAGUGGUGGGGUUGAAGGGGUGAUUAUUAGUGGCUAUGAAGACCGUUAUAUUCGAUUUUUCGAUGCCAAUAGUGGCCAAUGCACAUAUACAAUGCUUGCACAUCCCACCGCAAUCUCCUCUCUCGCCCUAUCUCCGGAUGGCCGCGAGCUCGUGUCUGCAGGUCAUGAUGCCAGCUUACGCUUUUGGUCACUUGAAAAGCGGAGUUGUGUGCAGGAGAUUACCAGUCAUCGGCUUUUGCGAGGGGAGGGUGUCUGCGCCGUGGUUUGGAGUCAAGAUGGACGGUGGGUUGUGAGUGGGGGCGGUGAUGGAGUGGUUAAGGUCUUCUCAAGAUAAUGAGAAACCGGCUGGCAUUCUCUUAUCUUUGUUUCAUUACCUGAUUUUGGUCCUUGCUUGAAUUCUAUGCCUGGAUUCAACAGGUUUUGAUGUUUUAAUUCAUGUUAACCCGCUUGUCACACCUUUUGAAGUUUUGACUCUAAUUUCGAUUUUGUUCUGUAUGUUCACCAUCAGCUCUCAUAACUGCGUCAUUUUUGCUUCGCCCUUGCUCCAUUCUUUCCCGCCUUCCAUCUUCUGACUGCGCCUUUGCCUGGGCGCGUUUGCACAUUCUCAGGGAUGCAAUUGAAAAUAAUAUAGAAGCCAUCAUCCGGAAUUUCCAUUUGACAUCCUCCUGACCAUAACCAAAUCCUACACCAAACAGCCAAUGGAGUGUUGCGAUUAAAGCAUUUUGUUUCCAUACAGUUUCUUUUCUUUCUUGAUUUGGCGAUUGAAUGUUCUCUAGCAGAAUGAGGGUUUAUAUUUUGUUGGCUUCUUUUGGACACUGCAUCUCGUCGAAGUGUAUUACCAUGUUUCUAUUUAUAUUCGCACCGAGUGAUCUUUCAUUCGGAGUCAAAUACUGUAUCAGGCCAUAAGUAUUGACAACCCCCACUACUUUUCUGCCAUCAAAAGGCAACAUGAUUGUGGUGGGGAUUGCAAAAAUUUAUGGCCUGACACUGU